UUGCAGUUCCAUAUUUGCCGUAAUUUAUUACCCAUUGCAGGACCGUUUUGGAUAUCCGUUAGCUUGAUAUUUUCCACAGCUAUUUGUGGUAAUCUUGCGAAAUAUAUCGAAACAUCCGGCGAUGUGACGAAUCAUCAAUAUGGAAGCGAUUUCAGACUAGCUUCAUUCGUUCUUUCAGUCACUGGAGCUUCUACGAUCAUUUUUUGCUACGUUGUGAUAGUUCCGUUCUUGCUUUAUUCGCUGCUCUGGUACCGUAAGUCGGAUCUGCAAUAUUCAUAUAUCGAUAUACUAUGUGCAUAUGGUUACAGCCUCUCUAUUUUCAUCCCAGUUUCGGUUCUCUGGGUUCUGCAGGCGCAGUGGUUUCGCUGGAUGCUUAUAAUUGUAUCGGUUGUUCUCAGUGGUUCGGUUCUUGCGAACAUGCCAUCACGACUUGAAGUGGAGGACAUGCAUCAGCAAAUUCGGAACAUCGAACAUUCCGAGCACCAACUGAAAGUCACUUCUCUGGCAAAGGUAAUUGCAACCCGGCUGCCAGGCGUUGCGGAGAAGUCGGAUGCAAAAGGGGAAAAGCAGCAGCAAGAACCGAACAGAAGUGAAGUUAAGGAGAACGAUGUUUCGAAGAAAGCCACUGAAGCAGCUGCUAAAGUAUCAGCAAGUCCAGCGAAUGCUUCAAACAAGGCCUAG